AUGUUNGAGAUUGAUUAUCUGACUCAAUCGAACUUGACGAAGUUCAGCGAAGGUAUUGAGCUCCUGCGUCAAAUUAUCGAUGAACAUGAAAAAGCAGGGAUCCAGCAAAUUGAAGAAAACGGUUCGAAGGAUAAGAAGAAAAUCGAAGAAUAUGAAAAGCACUUGCAAAAUGAGCAUCAAAAGUUUCACGUACAACAUGCGCUUUUCCAAACACUUGAUUGCACGGGUAACAAUACCAAAUUACUACAAUUGAAACGAAAAUUCUCCGAAUAUACGAGAAAAACAAUUCAAGAUUUAAGUGCCCUUCAUCCACCUAUCAUUACAGAUCUUCGUCUCGAAGGAUUCGAUCAAUUGGAAACGUUGAAGAACGGUAUACAGGAGUAUGGACGCUGCGUGGAAAUUCCUCCAUCAACAAACACGCAACUGAAGAACCAUAUUUUUUUAAACUCAAAGCGAGCCAAACUCUCCGUCCAUUAUCAAAAAUUCAUUGGACAAGAUAUGAAGUAUGUCAUCGAUGUACUACGAUGCAAUCUAACUGUAAGUACACUACGUUUCUAUGAAUGUGAAAUAGACGAAGUGGCAUUAAAAUAUAUCGCUGAAACAUUGAGAUACAACAAAACAUUAACAACACUUACUUUGAUUGCAAAUGAGAUCGAUGCUGAUAAAAUUAAAGUAUUAACAGCUGUAUUGCAAGAGAAUAAGACUCUGGCGACCUUGGAAUUGUUUGAAAAUGAUAUCGGAGAUGGUGGCAUGCAGCAUUUGGCCAAUGCAUUAAAACAAAAUACGACAUUGCUGAAACUCAGUUUACAUGACAAUGAGUUACAUGCGGAUGGAGCAAAAUACAUAGCUGAUAUGCUGCGAGAAAACAAGACAUUGACUACUUUAAAUAUAUCUGAAAACGAAAUUGGCAAUGCUGGAGCACAAUAUUUGGCCACGGUGUUACAAGAAAACAAAUCAUUGAUCACAUUGUGCCUCAAUGAUAAUGAAAUAACAACUGAAGGGAUAAAGCAUCUAAGCGAUGCACUAUCUCAUAAUAACACACUCAAGACAUUGUAUUUGGCAGGCAACACCUUGCAAGAUGGAAGUGUUAACCAUCUGGCCACUGCUUUACGAACAAAUAAAACACUUUCGACAUUGUUCUUAAUCAACAGUGGUUUUGGAGAUGAUGGAGCACAAUAUUUAUCUGAAGCAUUGCGAAACAAUCAAACACUCACCACAUUGGUACUCGUUAAUCAAAUUUCUGAUAACGGAAUGAAACAUUUGGCCGAUUCAUUACAAGAGAACAAAACACUCACGACAUUAGGUCUCGUUCCCGAUAAAGUUAAAAUUGAUGCAGCAAAGUAUUUAGCUAAUGUUUUACAACAUAACAAAACACUUACGACAUUUGUUCUCUAUGCGAUGGGAUUAGGAGAUGAAGGAACUAAAUGUAUCAGUGAUGCAUUGCGUUUGAAUAAUACACUUAGCACAUUAUGUUUAAUAAGUCAUAGGCUUGGGAACGACGGAUUAAAACAUCUUGCGGAUACAUUACGAGAAAACAAAACACUUACUGCGUUAGCUCUGUGUGGAUGUGAUAUAAGGGAUGAUGUUGCACAACAUUUCAGUGACGCAUUGAAACAAAAUCAAACGUUAUCUGCAUUGGCUUUGGUUGAGAAUCGAAUAGAUGAAGACGACGCCAAAUAUCUCGCUGAGAUUCUACAGAAUAAUCAGACACUUUCACUAUUAGCUAUUUAUAAAAAUAGGAUCAGAAAUGACGGAAUCAAAUGCAUAACUGAUGCGUUACAAAAAAACAAAACACUUACUACAUUGAGUUUAUUUGAUGUACGUAUAGAACAAGACGGAAUUAACCAUCUGAAUACUAUGCUACAACAUAACAAUACGCUGAGAAAAUUAGAUCUGAACAAUUAUAAUGUAUCACCUGACGUGAGAAAUGAUCUGCAUGCUACCAUACGAAAACGAAAAACACCGAUAACAGUAUAUUGGUCUUUAAACAAAUUCCUCAAUGACGAUUCUUCUGAUGAUGAAGAUUGUGCUGAAACAGUUACAUAUCCACCUUUUGUUCAAGAAAAUCUGAUCUGUAAUCUAGCUGAACAUUUUACAGAAAUCCUACCGGAAAUGCAGAUGCUUCCGGUUUUUACUGAGUUUCUCAACAAUCUCAAUGAUUAUCUAAUAAUGCAAAUGGUAUCGUCAACGGGGAACCAGCGAAAUCUUAUAAGUUUGCCAGAAGCGAUAUUAAAUGUAAAACUCCUCUAA